GCCUGAAGUUUAAAAAAAAUUAAGAGUGACCGGUAGAAGCUUUCUGGCGGCAAUUUUGAAGAGCUCUAAAGCCUCCGGGGAUUCGUCCGGAGCGUGAGGCAGAUCAGCCGUUCGACCGACGCAGAGCGGAAGUACCGUUGUAUCUGGUCUUUCUGGGGACUCGCGGAUAAACGGCCUUGACGGCGCGAGCCUCGGCGAGUCUCGGUCUGGUCCGAACUAGGACAGCGAAGCGUGUGUUCCGAUAGAUGGACGGGAAGAUCGAGCGAGACCUUCCUCUCCUUCUUCUGGAACGGCGAGGACUUCCUUGAACGGCGAGCGGUCGACCCGAGGCUUUUGAUUUUACGGCAUUACGCAGCAGCAGCGAAAUCCGGUUUUGCAUGGGUGUAUACCAGGAGACCGGCAAGCCUCCUCCUCCUAAUGUCAUCCCGAAGAUGGCCAGGGAUCGUGCCGGGUCAGACUACUCAGGCCACAUGAGCGACACAACCACGUGCAGCUGCGUCGCGAGCUCUCUUGACAAGUGCUCGUUGCGCGGUUGCGGCAUGUUCCAAGAGCCGUUCUUCCUGCAUCCACCAGGCUCCCGACCACGGGACGGUAUCUAUAUAAAUCCAAUGAGCGCGUACAUCGGCGAACCGCCCAAGCCCAAGGACUCGGCCGAGUCCUUCUACUUGCAUAGUCCACACGAUCUUGUCUACACCAGGAUUACGCGGCUGUUUGGCGACGCCGAAAAACCGCGAAACGGCGUUUCCGCGGCGGAGCAACGCCAUGUGCCGGAGAGGAAAGAUGAGACUCUGACUGUGAAAGUGGACGUGCACAUCAACAACGGUGGAUUCGUCGGCCGGCCGCAUCCUGGCAACGGACACGCGGCGCGCUCCGAGAACACGAGGGAGUCCUCGGAGCACGCUUACGAGCAGAUCUGCGUGAGACAGGAGGAGACGAGCAGCGUGAGCUCGUCAUCGCGCAAAAAGCUCUCGCAGAUAAGCGACCGCGCUCGUUCUCGAAAAACCGACAGGCGAUACAGUCGAUCUAGCAGCGCCAGCGAAUCUUCAAACAUGAGCAGCGAGAUUCACGGUUUGUCCUCGACGACAUCCACCCCGUCCUUAUCACGGCACAGUAGUAGUGAACGAAUUAACAAGUCGGGAAUUAAGACGAGCAUCGAUGCAUCGCACGAGAGGAAGGACUCGUCUAGCGCGCAGAUGGAAAGUGAAAAGGAGAUCCGUAUAAAUGGCAACGGCGGACCUAGUCUCUCGAAACCACCGCCACCGCCACCACCGCCGCCGCCGGACGAUGACGUAGUAGUUGUCUUGGUGAACGCAAAGUCGAACGCAGACGCAGCCGCUGACAAGAAAGAUGCGCGAGCAACUAGCCAGGACGGAAGAGGCGAGUCCUUCGCGACCAACAAGUCCGACGCAUCAUCCUCCGGCGAGCAUCCGCAACAGCCGGAAAUGCCGGCUCCCGCCAGUGCGCCGGUGGACGCGGACGAAAUUAAAGCGAGCCAGGCGUCCCACCUGGUAAACAGGCACAUGGUGCUGCCGUUCAUACCGCCAAAGUUCGCCAACGCGGACUCCAAUACCCUGCUCAAGCCGUCCGAAUACCUGAAGAGUAUCUGCAAGGUGUCGUCCAAGAACAGCCUGUCGAAGGCGAGGUCAGUGAUCCUUCCUGUUACAUACAACGGUGUCCGCUUCCAUUUAUUUCCAUUUGUGAUCUCUGAACCCUUAGCCACAAUCAGCAUCCAGGACCUCACGAGUAUCCAACUGCGACGGACCAGCACGAAGAUGAACGCUACCAAGACAUUCUCCGCUCCGCCUCCUCGCAGCGUGUCCAUGACUAACGUCUCGGAGCCGUUCUUCGUGCAAAAGACGGAUCUAAUCGCCGAACUGAAGCGCACCAAGGAUAUUCCCGGUAUCAAAAAGUUAAAGGUGGAGCGGGCGCAAGUCGAGAAGACUCAGGAACAGAACCUCAUGUCGGAAAUUAGCAGAGCGUUUAGCGUUACGAAUUUUGUUGAUCAAAUACCCGAGAAGGAUAGCUCGGGAAAUGUAAUACCAAUCUGGAAACGGCAGAUGCUGGCCCGUAAAGCCGCUGAGCGAGCGAAAAAGGAACUCGAAGAGCAAAUAGCGCGAGAGAACGAGGAGAGGCGGCAAAAGGCGAUUCCACCGUGGAAACGACAGCUUCUCGCCAAGAAAGAUAACGAGGAAAAGAGACUGAAUCAGACACAAGUGUCCGCGUCGACAAGCAUAACGAAAUUCGAAACAACGACGGCAAACCCGAAAAGAGACGCCUCACCAGCGGCAGCGUCACGCGUCAUCAAGAAGGAAGAAAACCCCGAGGUCGACGAGAAACGAGAGGAUCCUGCCAAGGACGACUCUGACGAUGGUCAAAUUAUACCUUGGAGAGCGCAAUUAAGGAAGACCAAUAGCAAGCUUAACAUCCUCGAUUAACCAUUACAAACGCUUCUUCCAUUUGUCAAAAGAGAUACGCGUGAUGUAUCACGUUUAGUCAUUAAAUGCGCGGAUUUAUGUAUUGUGAAAUCUCUCUGAACUCAACGCAACGAGCAAAUGAAUGUGACGGAGGAAUAUUUUACUUUAGUUUACUUUUAGUUGAGAUAAUAAACGAACACAUACAAUAAACGGUUCAUGGAACUAUACAGCAUAAAGCGUGUUCGAUACUUUCUAAAGUAGUACGUACUUUUUUUACAGGUACUAAAAAAAUUGAAAAGAUAUUUUUAUAUAUCUAUUUAGUAUCGUCACAAAAACAAUGUCCUCGCAAACCUCCUCGUAGGUAAAUAAUAUUACGAAAUAUCUUAUCUAUUUUAUAAAAACUAUACUGAGAAGCGGAAUACAUAUCUCAAGUUAGUGAAGAAAAUUCAGAAAACUGUGAAAAUGGAAACUUGGCAAGCAACUCAUUUACCUUUCUUUGAAAAAAGAAAAGAAAAUAUUUUUGGAAGAAAGAUAUUUUUAGUAGUACUACUUUAAAUACUUUUAAAAUAUUACUAAAGAUAUUCUAGUAGGAUUUUAAAAGUAUUGUUCGCAAAAAAUGGAAAGCAUUUAACAUAAUAACGUCAACCAAGGACAAAAACAACUUUGUAACUACGUAAGGAAUUAAUUACCGUGUGUCUUGAAUUAUGUAAUACGACGCAAUAUAUGUACAUAUGAAUAAGUCUUAUGAUAUCAGUUGCAUUAUAAAGCUUGAAAUACUCCUAUUAUCGACUGGUUUUGACACUAUCACUAUGAAGUUGAGAAAAAAAAAA